UGUCUUGUACAUGGAACGCUAGUUAGCAAAGAAGCAAAGUUAGUUACUCAAGAAGUACGCUCAUUGUAAAAGUAACUACGCGAACGAAAGUAAAGAAAGGACAUAGUGCAGCAAAAUAGGCUCUUGUUAGUUCUAUAUGCAAAGUUGGCCGUUUUGCCCACUUCAACAACUGUGGGAAUUACGUGAGGCUAACAGAGGGAGGCCAGUGAAGUGGCAGCUGCAGUGCAAAAAGAAAAAAACUUAAUGCAGCCACUGCUAUUCGAGUAGCAUUCGUACUACGUGAUCGUAGUGGCUCACAGAAUAAGUGCCGUGAAACGGUGGACUAACUAUACUGGUAAGUCCCUCACUAUGGAGUGAUCGAAGUCCUCUGUGCUAGUACGUGCUUCCGUGUGAAGAGCGUCCAGAACAUAAGAAAAGUGUGAAGAAAAGGGGGUGCUCUAUUCACCCGCCCGUUCUCAUUGUGAGAGCGAAGAUGUGGCCAGCAUUUGUUUUCUGUGUAGCUUUCUAUUCCGGAGCACUGGCCUUGGACCGGCUCAUACCCUCACCAAAACAGGCGCGUCAUUGCGUAAAUAGGACAUGCGGCAUGUGUCCCGCAGGCACCUACGCAGGAGACGACUGCCAAUGCUGUAUGAUUCCAGGAUACUGUCCAUCAUCUGAAACAGCCAACUUUUGUGUAUCCUGCCCACCGGGUAGUUUCUCAGCUAGUCAAGGUGCUAGGGAAUGUAAGCGUUGCCCUGCAGGGUUCUAUGUUAAAGGGAGAGGAGCGACCGAAUGCCCGAAGUGCCCACCAGGAACUUAUUGCAACACGCUCGGAUGCACAGAAUGUACCUCAUGUCCCCCCGGAACCGAAGCGCCAGUUGGGGGAAAAUUCGAGUGUUCGCCGUGUCCGCCGGGCACAAUGAAGCCUCACGCAGGAGCCGGUAGUUGUAUUCGCUGCCGGAAGGGAGCAUACAAUGUUGACUACGGCUCGACGUCGUGCAGUGAUUGUCCUGCAGGAUUUUUCUGUACGAACCAGUGGCAAGCUCCAAUAGAAUGUCCGGAUGAUUCUAUUUGUCCGGAAGGCUCACAUCGGGCAAUUAAUUGUCGCCCACCACUUUUCGCUCGGCACGGAUAUCAGUGCUAUUUAGCCGAUCCCAUCAUUGCGCUCAUCGUUUCUACGAUUAUAUUAUCAACACUCGGUGGGAUGUUUGCCAUCGCACGCUACUACGUACGGCAAACGCGACGCUAUUCGGUGAACCAGGAAACGGCUUCACUGAUGCAGGCGCAUAACAACAGCCAGAUGAAUUCAACGCUGUCGGGCUUCUGAAGUCGCGUUGCCUCCGAGCCCCGACUCAGCGUGCAGGUGCAAACGAUGGACCUCGUGGAGGCACUAGAGCGGCCCCAACCGCAGGGCCCCUAUCAUCUGGGACAUCAGCACCGCCCGGGCGCCAAUGGCACCGCGGCCGGGCCUUGCGCCGGGAGGAAUCACGGAAGGGACUCGGGGGUAGAGCGAAGCGCGAGAGACAACCCAAAAUUUAUUGUACACAGCGCCAAUGACGCCAAAGCCAAUGGUGAACCAGCCAAGGAAAGCCAUAAUGAAGAUUAGUAGUCAUUUAGAGUGCACCCACUACAGAUGAAGUCAACGUAAUGACUGAAUCGGUUCACAGACUUUUCAGACUGAAGUGACUACUGUGCAUGGCAUUGUAAGUGGAUUUUUAGUAAAGUAACUAAUGAGAAUAUUGAGGAUUAAGGUAUUCUAAGGUCCAAAGUCAAGAUUCAUGAAUGGUCAUAUGGGUACGCUAUGGAUAUGAUUAGCUCUGUCAUCUAAGUGACAGGUAAAUCUAUGCACGAUGAGUUCAUUUCAGCAAAAUUUGUGACACAUUAAGUUGCGAAAACCCUUUCCAACGUACCAUACAUAAAGAAAUCAGGCAACAGUAUCAUGAGAUUAGCAUAGUAACUAUGCGAUAGUAUUGUAUUGAGGUGCACGUCACGGUACCUGUCUCACCCAGACAGUAACAGUAUGUUGAGCCGAACCCCGUUGCUAAGUGUGUCUUCGGGUCUCUCACAUGGUGACGCCUGUUAAAGAAAGCGCGAAAGGCAGAAGCAACAUUGCUUUCGAAUACGAUGCGCUCGCACUUUCCAAAGGUUCAACGGCCACCUUUUAAAACAAAAACAAAUGAAGCGAAAAAAAUCAGCUGCUGGGUCUGUUGGCGUCAGGCAGCUCUUGAUUAAUCGAAGCAAUUGGGUCAGCUCAGUAAAGAAAGUGUUACUCGUACUAGUUUUACGCGUAAAGUAAACAGCGGAUCAGAAUGUCUAGACUUAAAGCGAAAACAGACUCACCGCUUUUGAAACUUGUUGUGGCCGUUCAGAGGCUUCUUCCGGGAGACCCUGGAAUUAUUCUCAGGCUCUCUUAGUUGUGUAAAUACUUGUACAUAUUCAGCCAACCGCUAUGGACCGAAACCGACGAACCGAGAUGGGGCGAACCAGAAGGGAGAGAGAGAGAGAGAGAGAGAGAGAAAAUAAUGCGAGGCUGGAGCAAAGCUUAAGAUGACGAAGAGGGUCGUCUGCGUCAAUAAGUCGAACACCUUUGAGAAUUAUAUACGUCUCGUUGAGUUAAAUCAUCGCCAGAUAACACCACUGGCACCAAAGCACCAAACCAUAAUUAUUUAUAAUUAUAUUAUUACUCAUAACGAAACAUUGUUAUUAUUACUAUCACGAUUUGAUCAUCAUGAUUUUAGUAGCGCCUGAUUGUGCUUCGUGACUGUUCAUUUGUCCAACAACGGUUCAAGCGUGAUUUCGGUUUUUUAUUUACCGAAUCCAUUUUCUCGGAGCACCAACGUUAACCUUCCAGAGGAGUAAACGCAAAACUACAACAACUUAUCAGACAAGUAAGUAUAUUUCGGAUUAAACAAAGUACGCUUUCGAUAGGAAGAAAUGUCUUUACAAUCAAAAUGAUGGACUUAUCUACUAAAUCGAUAAUAUCAUUGAUGAUGCUAACAAAAAAAAAAACAGUACGAUUUUAGAUCUUCUACGAAGAGGUUACACAUAUCGUUCAAGUAGAGCCACUAGUGAUGCUGCCAACAUAAUAGUUGUACUUUAUACAAACGAGCACAGAUAUCAAGACACACGUAAGGCCAUGAGACACUUUCAACACGAAUCUAUGUAUUUAUAAACACAAAUCUAUACAUAAACACAGACAAGGCAUACGUAUAGACGUUAUAUCAAUCAAUCCAAAUAUUGUUAUAAUUAGAAAACAUCUAACUGUGAAGAAAAAAAAAACGUAAUACAUUGCAGCUUAUAGCUUAUAGAAGAAAAAUUACUUAAUAUAUACAUGCAAAAGUAGAGACACUGAGCAAACGUUCAGAAUAACACUAUCGUGGACGUUACUGUUAAACAUAUUACUAAAGGAACAAAUAUAUGAAAGUAUAAAAACAUAUACACAUAUGCUAGUGAGUCGUAACAUUUCUCCUUGUAUAAUUAACAAGAAAUAGUACACUGGAUAAAUACAUUGUAAUCGAAAAAAAAAAAACAUAAGAUACCUAGAGAGUAAAUAGGUAAGCGUGUAAUUGAGAACAGAAGCUCAAGAGGUAUUCCCGAAGGAGGUUUCUGUAUUUCCCACUUACGAACUUUCUUUUUUCACACAAAUUUUUAUAUAUACUGCACACAAGUGUUGGGUCGUUCAGUACGAAGCGUGACAAGCAAUAAUCUUAUAUUUUAAGAUGAUUUUAUGUUAUCAGGGUGCGACACUUGGCGACUUUGUUUUAUAAUUGAGGUACAUUUGUAUUGUUCAAAGUCUAAGACCGCUCACACGUUCGGGCUUUUAGCAGACGAGUUGAAAUGGACCAUAAGCCACUCGCGUGCUAUAUAAACAAAAGUUUCACCUUGGAACUACUAGUAGAAACUUUAGAAAAUUUUGGGAUAGACAUUUUGAAAAUGGGAGAAAAUGAAGGUGAACAACAAAUACUUGAAAUGUAUGGUAGAAGUCAACUCAUUUCAAUAUGCACAGGUUUAAUUAGGUUAAAUAAUUAAGGUCAAGAAGGAAGGAUUUGUUACUCUCAUGUUACAACAGCGACCUCUUCUGGUACCGAAUCGCGACAUGGGAUAGAAAAUGGGUCCUCUGCGUUAACCGCAGACGAUCACAUUCGUUGGCGUAUGCAAUCGAACCAGCUACAAAGGCUCAUGAUGUCUGUUAGGGGGGUCGAGUACAGAUAUUGCCCACUACAGCUCCGUGUGUGGUAGUUUGUUCGUUACGUUGAAAUGUACUAUAAACGAUUGGAAUUGAUAACGAAAAUACUCAGUAUUAAACAGUCAAUAUUAGCAAACAACGGUGAACCACAUUUACUGCGUGACAAGGCUCAACUUCAUACAGUAAGAACUGUAGCUUUUGCGGCAAGAAAGAAAGCUGCAGGAGUUAUCUCUACUAUAUUCAUCAGACGUUGCUGUCACAGACUAGAAUUCGUUUGAAAAUCUCGACAGCUUCUUAACAGGAAAAUCAUUCAGGGUUGAACCUGAUGUCGAAAGCGCCUAUCGAAGCCUCAUAGUCUUCCAUACAUCAGAUCCCUCCAAAAGGUAGAAAGUUGUAGAUAAUAUUUCAGUCGAAAUAUAAAAGAACUAAGCCAGUAAGUAGAAAAAAAAAGUUGAGAGGUUGAAUUUGCUAUAUGACGUUUCACAUUGAACGACCUCAUCAUGACCAAUACUUUAUAAUAUGCUGAACAAAUACCCGAACUCUCUAUACACAGAGCAAAGGCUAUCAUCAAUAGUAAUUCGGCUUCUCAGCAGUAGUCUUCAUUCGUAACCUCGAAAAAAAUAAACAUAUCAGCUUCUACAACAGCUACUGUACAUAAUCAUACAUUAAAUAGAAACAAACACACACAUAUACAUCAACAGACACACUCACCGUCCGAUUCCAACCGACCGAUCAUUAUCCUCUCGUACUAUUUCUCUUCCUGUCAUCUCAAUAUCAACACUUUUUUUUCAAUCGAUCUAAACGGUACUAUCGUAUAUUACGCUCACGCAUCACUUCACAGCAAAUGACAAUCAAACGUCACCUUAGGCCCGUUUUAACAUGCGACUGGUGCAAACGUACUAUUUACAAGAAAAUAAACGAACUAUUUGCUCGUGGCACAAUUACGCGGCAGUCGUUGUUCCGUAGCUUCCGUUGCAAACGGAUAUUCGUUAAAUAACGAAACAUUUCGCCUAUCGUAUUGCCAAUAAGGUACUAAACCCAAAUAAAUUACGCAAGGCAUGAAUGUUUGUCGGCCUUUGUGUUCGGCCUCGAAUUUUUCUAUACACACGUUUGGUACACAUGGAUACCGAAGCCUUUUUAGAAUAGAGAAUAGAAGGGCUUUAGCGAGGUCGUACAAAGUACGCAAAAAUCGUGUCAUAGCCUAUUUCCGUUCGGUAAGAAGUUUAAGCGUACUCGCGCAGCUCCCAUAACGAUAAUUUAACGAUUUUCCCUAGCGGCAACAAACGGGAUCUUUUCAGAAUUGCUCAGCCCAUGUGAAGCUCAUUUCCGCAACGCACUUGCUAAGCGGCCGUCGCUUUCUAGGGGCAGUUAACAGAGUUGCUUGUACCCUUCUAAACGUAUUCGUAAGCAUUCUGUCAAGUUUCCAGUGUCUCAUUAUUGUUGCGCUUUCGUUACAAGGUUCGCUUCGACUAAACCGUCUAAGUUGCUCGUCCCAGAGUUGAACUUGUAGGAGAGCUAAAACGUCUACUUCCUUUGUGCAUUAUAAAUACUGAACACUGUUAAUAACGUAUGGGCUGACCCAUUUUACACAUAUUCGCAAUUCUAUGUCCGAAACCGUCUUGGCUUCGAAGAUUAAAAUCCGAGAUUUGCAGGAACGUGGUCAUCUGUCUCGGCAACGAAUUCUAUUUAGUUCAGAGUACUUCACUCAACAGAUAACUAUAGACGAAGUGAUAUGCUAUUCAAAAGGUCGACAUGCAGAUCUUCAUUAGGCCUAAUCAGUGGAUUACACCUACAAAGGUUUCAGUCUCAGGACUGAGUCGUACUUGGCUUAGAAGCGGCUUACUGAUAAAAGGCAAAUCUUCAAUGAGUAUAUAGGCACUGGACAUUCUCAUCGUAUCUAGAUUUCAUUAUAUUCGCCGAAAAUACAGAACAGUAAGGCAUAGCUGGAUGCUCAGCUUAUUCUCAAAGGGCGAAAAGCCUGGCUUCAAGAAGUACUCGGCGUAAUCUUAAUGCAUCUAACAGUAAUAAUGGUUUUUUUUUUUU